AGCACAUCAGCCAUGCAACAACCGCAGCUGCAGCCCCGCGUCCGCGCGCGCGCUUUCCUCCACGCCGCCGUCAAGCUCAACCCGAGGGGGAACCCGUUCCUCCUGCGCCGCCCCGCCGCGUCCGCCGGCGGCGCCGUCGCGGGCGUCCAGCUGACGGUGUCGGACUCGGAGCUGUCGUCCCGGGGCUUCGCCGUGCGGCGCACCGCGGAGGGCCUGGACGUGGCGGCGCUGAACGAGGUGUUCGCGCGCGUGGGGUUCCCUCGGCGGCAGGAGGAGCGGCUCCGGCGCGCGCUGGAGCACAGCGAGGUGGCGUGGCUGGCGUCGGAGGCGACGGGGCGCCCCGUGGCGUUCGCGCGCGCGGCCGGGGACGGGGUGUUCAACGCGGUGGUGUGGGACGUGGUGGUGGAGCCGUCGUGCCAGGGCCUCGGGCUCGGCCGCGCCGUCAUGGAGCGCCUCGUGGCGGAGCUCCGGCGCAAGGGCGUCGGCAACAUCGUGCUCUACGCCGAGCCCAGGGUGGUCGGGUUCUACCGCCCGCUGGGGUUCGCCAUGGACCCCGACGGCAUCCGGGGCAUGGCGUACUACCGCAGCAAGCAAAACCAGAAGCAACAGUGAUAUUCUAUACAUUACUGCCAUCACCAUUCAUGCAUGAUCCAUGCAUCUCUGCUGUGCAUUUCUUUCUUUCUUUUUCGCUUGUUAUGCCAGGUGAUUGAGUAUUUAACCAAAAACUACCACAUUUCA